CUAAAUUGGCCCACUUCUCUCAUCCUCUCGGCUGGCGGCCGGUGCUUCUCAGCGGCGGCGGGGGCGACGCCGGACGGAGAGGGGCAGAGCAAGGCUCACCGGAUGUCCGGAUGGCGCACCCCGCCCUUCCCCUCCCGGUCGUUCAGGCAGAAGGACGACCACCUCUGCUCGACGCCCUUCCAUGGUCGACGAGAGCCGACAAGGCAGCACUCCUCAACGCACUUUUCGCUGCCCCAUCUCCUCCUGCUCGACGCGCCCAUCCCAUCGCUGGCUCAUUGGUCGAUCUCGACGCCACCUUGGUCGGCCUCCUGCAGUUCUGCUCAAUCAACACGGUGACUCCGCUCCCCAGCUAGGCGGCUACUUCAGUCCAGCAGCUCACCAUGCUCUACUACCUCAAUCCUCAAGGUGUAUCCUUUUCACUAUCUUUUGUUUAUACAGACGACGCAAAAAUAUGCGUUACGUUUCUCUUUCAGUCCAGCUAGUGCUCUGAACUUUCUCUUGAGCUAGCGAUAUUGCAGGACAGCUAGUUCUGUCAGCUAUGUAUUUAUGUAUUUUUGGAGCUAGCGCUGUUGCAUCAGAGCUGUGAACCAGCAGGGUCAAAUACAGGGUCUCGUGAUGGGUUUACCAAAUAGGAAGGUCAGACUCGAUCUUUCGAAGCGUGGAUAGAGAAAACGGCAAAUUGUUUCCAUCGUUCAAUGCAGCCAUAUAUUUGUCAGACUGACAGAGCUGAGAUUUGGAAAGGCAGGAUUCCCCCAUUCCAUUUUGGUCUGUCGCAUCUCAUAAUUGCUGUGUGGUUGAACACCACACGGACUCACGGAGGGCAGCUGCUCCUAGCAAUGGCCUCGACCUUGAACUAUGGUGUCAUCUCGGAAACUUGUGGUGACAUUCCUACCUUGAAGGACUCUGCUGUUGGUAAAACCUCCACUCGGAAAGAUCUUGAGGAUACAGUUUCAGGGAUGAACUGUUCUUUCCCGCCAGAGCUCAGUCAGAGUGAGGAAGCCGUCAACGUCGCAUCAGGGUUCUCCAGCGAUACUUGUCAUCCAUCUGCUGCUGGAGCAAGAUUUGCCGAGGAAUUUAUGACGGAAUGGUACUCGGAUGUUCAAAGGGCCCGUGAGACACAGCCUCCCCACGAUCUCACGCCGGGGAUGGACGGCCGUCUAUCGGAGCGAUCUGCUCUUCCACGACCGAUGCCAUCUGCUGCCGCACAACACGGCGAAGGGUCCAGCUCAGAUCCAUAUUGCGUUGACGAAAGUAGGGACGUUCGUGCCAUCAAUAUCAAAGCUGCUUCGGGUUGUCACUCCUCCGCUCCAUUCACCAUGCCACAUCCGGCGACCACUGUUUUCGAGCAGCGUGCUGAAGAUGGUUGUUCAGAGGGCUAUGAGCGACGUCAAAGGGGGCGGGCCGGCAAAAGUUAUAGCCUAGAACCUGAAGAAGAUGGCUCUAACUAUAUCAAGAGGGCGUUCGAUAGAGCUGCUGAGCGAGGUUCACGCAUCGUCUUCGAGCCCGUUGAAGGCAUGAUUUUUUCAACCGAACAAGAAGCCUAUCAGUUUUACAACACAUACUCCUGGGAGAUGGGUUUCGGUAUUAAACACGGCAACAAGUAUGAGAUAAAGAAAACUGGAUACAAGACCAAUCAGGAUUUACUCUGCUCGUGUGAGGGGCGGAGCAAUGUAGGAAAUACCAGGUCCGCGCGGACCAAAUGCCCGGCAAUGGUUCGAGUGAAGAGGACAUCCACUGAUGGCUGGUUUUUCUCUCGAGUUGUUUUGACUCACAACCAUGAGCUGGCAGAAACUGUUGGUGAGAAAAAGGUCUGGAAAUGUCAUAAUGCCAUCGACUCUUCUAUGAGAGAUCUCAUCAAACAUAUGCGUUCAAACAAUGUGCAAGUUAACAAGGUGUUUGGGGUCAUGGCUGACAUCCAUGGGCGUGCUGAAGAAGUCCCAUUCGGCAAGAGGUGUCUCAAAAAUCUUUGCGCAUCAAUUGCACAUGAAGCUAGCCAGGACGACAUCGCGAAGACACUUGAGCUUUUUGCAACAAUGCAAUCCCAGAACCCUGAUUUUUUCUAUUCAGUUAAGACCGACGGAGAAAGGAGAGUGUCUGGUCUCUUGUGGUGUCACUCGAAGAGCCGUGCUGAUUACUGGUUGUUUGGUGAUGUUUUGACAUUUGACACAACCUACAAGAGCAAUUUAUAUGAGAUGCCUGUUGGGCUUUUUGUAGGUGUCAACAACCAUUAUCAGUCCACUCUUUUCGGUUGUGUUAUUUUGCGAGAGGAGACUGUAGAGUCGUUCAAGUGGGCUUUUGCAAGAGCAACCUUCCUUGGUGCCAACGGCGGUAAAACACCAAAAACUAUUCUCACAGAUCAAUGCUUGCAGAUGGAGCGUGCAAUUGCUGAUGUUAUGCCUUCUACUGCUCACCGUUGGUGCAAAUGGCAUGUGAUGAAAAACAUCAAGGAGAAACUUGGGACCUUGUACAAAAAAGGUACACCGUUCCGCAUAGAUUUCAACUAUCUAACCAACGAGAUGAUGACCGUUGAGGAGUUUGAAUCUGGAUGGCAGUUUCUGGUUUCUAGUUAUGGACUACAGGAUAACAGGUACAUGCAGGAUGUGUUUCACUGCAGGGAUAAAUGGGCCAAACCGUAUCUUAGCUCUAACUUUUGUGCCAAAAUGUCAAGCACACAACGGAAUGAGUGCAUGAAUAACGUUCUUAAAACUUAUGUAUCGCUUUCAGCACCGCUCAACAGAUUUGUGAUGCAGUAUAACAAGCUAAUAGCCUCUCGUUGCGAAGAAGAGGAUUCUGAAAUGGCGCAUACAAAAAAGGAUGGUAAGGUGUUGCAUAGUAAUGUGCCCAUCGAGCGGCACGCCUCCAAGGUCUAUACUCGUGCUGUGUUCAAGUUGUUUUCCGCUGAGCUGUAUGAGGCAGGCAGUUACGUCGUGAAAGGUCAGAAUGUGGAUGGCCGCGUUGUCGUGCAACAUGUUGACUCAGACCUCCGCGCACACUGGUGCAAAGUAAGCUAUGUGGUUAUGGUUGAUCGAGAAAGCGAUACUUACAACUGCGAGCGCGCCAUGUAUGAGCACAUGGGGCUUCUCUGCCGGCACGCUUUGAGAGUAAUGAUUCAUGUUGGCGUUCUUCGCCUUCCGGCUCAUUAUGUGAUGAAGCGGUGGACUAGAGAUGCCCGGGACAUUCUACCUGAUCAUAUCAAGAAUUAUCAGAGAGACUCGGACAUUGGGGUUUCCAAAACAUUCAGGCACAAUAUUCUGUAUGUGCGUGCACUGCAGGUGGUAAAGGAAGGUAACCUAUCUGUGCCACUUUUCAAUCAUGCAGUACAGAAGUUGCUCUCGCUGGAGAAAGAGCUGAAAGCCAUGGCUGCUUCAGAAGCUGGGACUAGUCAGCCAAGUACAAAGAUUGGGAACAGCAAGGCUGCAUCGCAAAAGCCCAAUGUGCCCAACUUUAGUGAUGUUCAACCUGCUGAUCACGUUACAGCUCUGUAUCCAGAGAAAAGACCAUCGCGUGGCCGCCCCAAAUCAAAAAGAAUGAAAUCGGCAGUUGAGCGUGCGGUGGAAAAAUCAAAGGAUGCAUGCUCUGUUUGCGGAUCAGAAGAUCAUUUUACUGAAGAUUGUGAGUGCUUGAAACUACCAGAUCAGAAUGAUGGCUCCAGCUCUGAAGAUAACUAUGUACCCGAAUCUUGCUUGGAUGGUUCCGGGGAUGAAGGACAGGACCGGUUUGUCGAGGAUCCAGUGCCCGUGGAAACUUCAGAAGCUCGGACAACUCGCUUGAUGGCAUCUGCAUCUACUACACCUCUUGCAGCUCGUUUUGCUACUGCAACCACUUCCUUUCAGCUCUAUGGUUCAGUAUAACGUUCCUGGCAAUCUUGAGUUAAGUGUACGUGCCUGACGAGACAGUGGUCCUACCCCCAGCCGUAGUGGAUGUGCCAUCAAACAACAGAUGAUUCAACGGGGAGGCAAACAAGGUUAUCAAUACAUGAUUCAACGGAGGGACAAACAGAUUAUCAAACAACAGAUGAUUCAACGGGGAGGCAAACAAGGUUAUCAAUACAUGAUUCAACGGAGGGACAAACAGAUUAUCAAACAACAGAUGAUUCGGCAGACAGGCAUGGACGGCGAGGGUUGCGUCGUUGCUUCUCUGGCCUCGGGGAGGAGAGAGGGCUGAGAUGGUGCUGCUUGGAGUGGGCGACGUGAUACCGGCACAUCGCGGAUCAAGAGCACCCACAUACCAUGGAGCCCCGGCUGUCCAGACCGGAUGAAGGACGGAGCCGUGCCGCUAGAUGAAGACCCUGCGGCUGUGCGACGGCGAGUGCAGUACGAAGGAAGGGGAUGGAGGAGGUGGCCAGUGACCAUGGCGACGAGGUGAGGAAGAGGAAUGGGAGCAAGGGAGUCCUCCCUCCAGUGCUUGCUCGACGGGCUCGUGGACGCCCUGGAGGCUGCAGCUCGCCGUCGGCCUCGGCUCGGGGGACCAGAGGAGGGAAAAAGACGAGCAGGUCGGGCGACGGCGUGGUGCUCCAGAUCGAGGGAGUGGAGGGGACGUGUCAAGGAAGAAGAAGGGGAUAACGGGAGUCCUCGUUGCUGGACUGACGAGGGGAGGAAAAAGGGAUCGAGUAGAAAACACCACAUGAAUUUCGUGGACGCCAAAAGUUCCACCAACUGAUUCGGUGCCUUUUGUUGGACCACCCACUCCGACAACAGCAGUGCAGAAUGGGUCAGAGAAUCAUUAGGUGAAGUGGGUUAGAAAUUAAGAAAAGGCCCACAUAUUUCUACCUCUCUCUCUAUCAUGCGCGCAGAUCACGAAGCAUGAUAGAGAGGUAGAAAUAUGUGGACUUUAUAUAUACGGUCGCGCUAUACUGAGCGUGAGCGCAAAAGCGCUAAUCCUACGCGCCACCCGUUCUGGGUUUGCUUCGUCCCGCUAAUUGU